AUGGGCAUACACGACGACGCAGUCCAGGGCACGCUCGACUCGAGCCAGCUUGCAAAGUAUAUCGCAAGCGACCCCAACCUCAUCAAUGCACUCGAACCUUCUUCGGGUCGCUCCCCUCUCGCUCUCGCUGCAGUGGCAGGCUUUCCCGACAUUGUCGAGCUCUUGCUCAAGCGAGGUGCCAAAGCGGAUGCCCUUUCCCGCGACGGAGAGACAGCAUUGCUUCUCACCACCCGAGAUGGGAGCGCCAACCGAGCGAGGAUUGUCCAGCUUCUCGUCGGCAAAAUGUCACCAAGCGCCAUCGAUGCCACGACCACAGGCGACCGAAACAAGACGCCCUUGAUGUACUCGAUGCUCAACAAGGACCGCGAGUCUCUUCGGCUGCUUGUCAAGGCGGGUGCCGACAAAAAUGCCGUCGACGAUGAUGGCCUUACGGCGGCAGCGAUGGCCCCCAGCUCUGGCUACGCACUCGCACUCGACCCCGACAAGGAGCAGUCCGCAUUUUCUCAGCUGACGAACCUCGUUGGCUCGUUCUUGCUCUACAUUGUGGCGUGGGUCAACAAGACGGCCAAAGGAGUCAUGAACAAGCUAUUUGGGCUCAAUCCCACACUCAACACGACAAUCGACGAACAAGUGAAUGACGGCGAGACGCCAAACAAGAUUCAGUUUCUCGACAACGUCGAUGAAUAUAUUAAUGACCCGAAGAACAAGUAUCUCGCACAAUUCUUCAAGGACAAACCGAACUACAUUCAAGAGCUGGCGGCGAAGGCAACGGCGCUUAAGGAAGAUUCAAACACGCCAAUUGGGCAAGGCGAUCUACUUCCAAAGACGAUCAAGGUUACCCUUCACCAACAGGUCAUUUACUGCGACGAUAGUUCUUCUAUGAAGCGGGAUGGACGGUGGGAUGCACAAGCCCGUCUCGUCAAGAAGAUCGCGGAAAUUACCACUCGCGUAUUGCCAGAGGGCGACGGUGUCGCUUUGCGCUUUAUCAACCAAGACACGGACAACUCGGAGAAGCUCACUCUCGACCAGAUCGGCAACACAAUUAAUAGCAUGAGCUGGAAGCCUGGAGGAGACACGCCCAUUGGAACGAACCUGAAGUCGAAGAUUCUGCAGCCUAUGGUAUACGACAAGUUGGAGCCAAAGACGUUGGGCAGACCGUUGCUCAUCUCGGUGAUUACGGACGGGAUGCCUUCGCAGGAGGACGAUAAUGCUUUCGUUGACGCUAUCAAGGAGUGCGGGGUCAAACUAGACCAAGCUGGCUAUCCUCGACAGUCCGUCAAAUUCAUGAUUGGACAAAUUGGUACGGCUAGAGCAGCUACUACCUUCUUGCAAUCUGUGGGGAACAACGACGACAUCAAAGACAUGGUAUUCGUUACUGCAGAUAAACUCGACGAUAACCUCUCCAAGUUCAAGGACAACCAAUACGACCUCGACCGCUGGUUGUUGGAAACGCUCUUUUCGCCGAUCCAGAACUCCACCGUGUAG